ACAAAGUUGUCUUCCAAACAUCCUAGAAAAACACUCUUGGCAAUUAAUUUGCAGUUUUAAUUAGAAUCAAAUGAAAUAUUAAUUAAUGUCGUUUAAAUAAUAAUAGUAACUUUACAUAUUAAGUAUUGUCUUCCAAAGUGCAUUAUUUUUCUGGUACUUUCUUCCCCAUUGUCCUUAACUUUUGUUCACAGUAUGAAUCAAAAAAAGCAAAUAGGUAAUACAAAGCCAUUAUAUGGAUUUAAUAGAAAAUUGGAACCGGAUAGUAUUAUUGGAGCAACUGAUUCCAGUGGUGAAUUAAUGUUUUUGAUGAAAUGGAAAGGAACGGAUGAAUCAGAUUUAGUACCUGCAAAAGAAGCUAACGUUAUGUGUCCACAAGUUGUUAUUCAAUUUUAUCAAGAAAGAUUAACUUGGCAUACUACUUCGACAAACAGAAAAUCAAAACCUAACUAAAACACAUACACACACUCCAAUUUUUAUAUUACAUAUUAUUAAAUAAUAUAUAUUAGAAAAUAAAUCUAUUUC